AGCUUUUUAUUCUCAUACUGUAAAUUUUCCACUAAGGAUUGGACUCUUAUUUUAACAAGACACUGACAACAGUUUAUUGUAAUUCAACAUUUCUGACAUUCCAAAUCGUUUAUUUUUCGGAUCCUGUUUUUAUUUCCACAUUAUUGUUUUGGUCACUUUUUCUUCUAUUCCGGUUGGAUUUACAAAGGGCGUGUUUGGGCGAUCUGUACCGGGAGUUUCAUCUCCUGUACUUGUGCGACUCUAAGGAAUGACAGCGACUGGGAAUCGAUCCGCCUGAAUGGAAACAAUGGAUUAUAAAGAGCUCGGACAUAAUUUCGAGGAGAAGCUGACGCUAACAGACAAAUCUCUUCCUCUGCAGACGGGGACGCAGUCCAUCCAGAACGGGGACAAGUCUUUGGGGAAGGAUAUCCUGACCUCAGACGACUCAGCCGUCACAGACCUCUCUCCUAAAACAGACUCCAGCCCCAUAACAGAGACCCCAACCAAGACAGAUGUCUCCUCAAAGACGGAUGUGGGGCUCUCCACCCCGGGCAGCAGUAGCAGCCCUCAGCCCAAGAAAGAUUCGAUGAGCUCAGAGCAACGACAGAAACUUGCCAAGGAGCGGAGGGAGGAAAGAGCCCGAUAUAUUGAACAGCAAACUCAGCUGCAAGCAGCGAAAAAGGCCCAGUGGCUGGAGAAGGAGGAGAAGGCCCGGCGUCUGAGGGAGAGCCAGCUGGAGGAUCGCAGGAGGAAGUUGGAGGACCAGAGGCUGAAAACUGAGAAACGCCGAGCUCUGCUGGAGGAGAAACAGAGACAGAAACUAGAAAAGAACAAGGAGAGAUAUGAGUCAGCUAUCAAGAGGUCGACGAAGAAGACGUGGGCCGAGAUCCGCCAGCAGAGGUGGUCCUGGGCGGGUGGACUCAACCAGACCUCUCGCAGAGAAAGCAGAUGCUCGGCCUCCACGGUCAACUUGCCGAGACAGGUGGACCCUGUGAUUAACAACAGGCUGUCCAAGUCCUCUGCCACGCUCUGGAACUCCCCCAACAGAACCCGCAGCCUGCGUCUGAGCCCCUGGGAGAGCCGGAUCGUGGAGCGGCUCAUGACGCCGACGCUGUCCUUCCUGGCCCGCAGCCGUAGCGCCGCCACCCUCCUCAACAACAGCGACUCUCACUCUCACCACUGCUCCCGUUCAGUCUCCGCCAGCCCGCUGAACGCCUGCUCCCAUCACCACCCACACCAGAACGCAGAGCGCUGGAGGGUUUCCUCCGCCAGCACACCGGACAUCACCCAGCGCCCACGCCGGCGAAACUCCACACCGCUGGACAAAAAGAAGAAAGAGAAAAGAGACAAGGAGAGGGAGAAUGAAAAAGAGAAGAACUCUAUCACAAAAGACAAAGUGCCGAAGAGGAGACAGACAACAUCACCCAGCACCAUGACCCAGAGAUCCAGGCCAGAGACCAGCACUCCGAAGCCCAAAAACAGACCUCCGUCACCCGCCGCCCCCAAAAGUCGGCCCCUGUCCCCCCUGGUGCCGGCAGUGAACUCAAAGACCCCCGCGGGAAAGAAGACGCCUACCCCCAGCACCAAGACCCGACCCAAACGGGCCCAGACGCCCGCCAGGGUGCAACCCCAGACGGUCGCCGCGGUCGCUGUGGAAACGGGCCAAGAAACCAAGCAGCCCAACGCUCCAGAGGAGAAAAAGAACUCCAGUAGCGUUCCUGCCAUCGUGGUGUCCUCUGCAGCGGUUACACCUCCUUCCCUCAGCCCGGUGGUUGCAUCAGAGGAAACUCCAGCUGCUUCAAACAUAAAGCCUGCUGCCUCGGCUGCUUCUCCUGCUGCAGCCACUACCAGUAAACCUGCUCCUUCUGCUGCGCCCGCCGUCGCCACCACAGCAGCUGCUGCUUCCACCACCGGGCCGGCCGCUCCGGCCAGCAGGCCGUCAGCGGGCACCAACGACCCGGAGGAGGCAGCUCGCGUCCUGGCAGAGAAACGCAAGCAAGCCCGGGAGCAACGGGAGAGAGAGGAGCAGGAGCGCCUGGAGCAGGAGAACAGGAACAGGAUCCUUCGGGAGGAGGCGAUGGCCCGGGAGGCGGAGGAGAAUAAGCGCAGAGAGGAGGAGGCCCGAUUCAUGGCUGAGCAGCAGCGUCUCAGGGACGAAGCCCAGCAAGCUCAGGAGGAGAAGGAGGCGCAGGAGAAAGCCAAGGCGGAGCAGGAGGAGAACGAGAAGCUGCAGAAACAGAGGGAGGAUGCUGAAGCCAAAGCUCGCGAGGAGGCCGAGCGUCAGCGCCUGGAGAGGGAGAAACACUUCCAGAAAGAGGAGCAGGAGCGGCUGGAGAGGAAGAAGCGCCUCGAGGAGAUCAUGAAGAGGACCCGGAAGAGCGAUGCAGGAGAAAAGAAGGAUGUCAAAGCUGCUCCGCAGAUCAACGGCAAGGACACAGAGCUCAGUAAGGCAGCUGGAAACCAGCAGAGUCCAGAUGCAAAGGUAUCUGGUCCUGUUGUAAACGGUGUCCAGCCUGCAGCCCACCAGAAUGGCGUCUCGGCCAACGGAGAGGCGGCUGACUUCAAGCAGAUCAUCCAGCUGAGCAGCGGUGGAAACCCGACGCAGUCUCAGAGCGGGCUGGUCGGCGAGCCCAUCCUGCCGUUCGAGGGCAGUGAGCCCUUCCUGAUGAAAACAGGCCCUAUGAAGCCUCAGCAUGUCGCAGAAGUCCUGUGAGUCCCCACACAUCUCCAUGGAGACGCGCCUUAUGUCUCAGCUCGAGCUUUGAGAUUCAUGCCCCACCGCAGCGGCUUAUGAAAAAUCGUGUGCCAAACAAACAAUGAACUGCCCUGAAUUCCCAUCAUACAGUCUGUCGCAGGAGGACGAGGAGGAGCUCUCAUCCGAAAAUAUACAAACAUGCAACAAGUAUUCUCUGUCUCCACCGCGUGUCCUGGUGCAGCAUCUGUCAAGUUUUAUUGAAAUGUCACAUGCAGAUUUUAUGGUGCACCUUAAAGAUGACUGACUGUGUAACAAAUUUUAGAAAAUACAUAAUAUUUGACAAUGGUUGUUCUUAUUACCGUCGUUGCGAUAUUGUUAUUGUUAUCUUAAGUUGAACAGUGUGUGUGUGUGUGUGUGUGUGCGUGUGUGUUUUUGUUGUUUUCGUCUUGAAUUGUUGAGUUAUUUAACAUGAGGAGCGUUGUAAGGAAUGGCAGCAGACAGUGUAUGUAAAUGUAUAAUAAGCCUGGCUGCCUAGGCCUCCUGUUACAGGGGAUCUGUGAAAUAAAGCUUUAUGAAA